CCCCCGCCCCCGGCGUUCGCGGCUCCCCCUCCCGCCCGCAGAUAACCGCGGCCCCUCAGGCUCUUCCCCACCCGCCCCGCGCGGACUCGGCCUCGGCUCCCAGCCGCUCUCCAGGCGCCAGCUCCCUCUCGUCGCAGCCGCAGCGCGGGCAAGGAUGGCUCGGCAGCCCCGGGGCUUUCUGCAGGAGGCCUCUCACCAAGUCGUCGCCGGAGGCUCGGCGGGUCUUGUAGAAAUUUGCCUGAUGCAUCCCCUUGAUGUAGUGAAAACAAGGUUCCAAAUUCAAAGAGGGAAAACUGAUCCAACCAGUUACAAGAGCCUGGGGGACUGUUUUAGGACUAUUUUCCAACGAGAAGGAUUACUUGGCUUCUACAAAGGAAUACUUCCUCCCAUUUUGGCUGAGACACCUAAAAGGGCAGUGAAGUUUUUUACCUUUGAACAAUACAGGAAGCUUCUGGGAUAUGCAUCACUGCCACCAGGGCUGGCAUUUGCAGUUGCUGGCUUGGGAUCUGGGUUGACAGAGGCAGUCGUGGUUAACCCAUUUGAAGUAGUGAAGGUUACCUUACAGACCAAUCAGAAUGCUUUCACAGAGCAACCAUCUAGCUUUGUUCAAGCUCAGCAGAUCAUUAAAAGCGGUGGUCUGGGCUCCCAAGGACUCAACAAAGGCCUCACUGCAACACUGGGCCGUCACGGAGUGUUUAAUAUGGUUUACUUUGGAUUCUACUUCAAUGUGAAAAACAUUCUUCCAGUCAAUAAAGAUCCAAAUUUGGAGUUUUUGAGGAAAUUUGGAAUUGGGCUAGUCUCAGGAACAAUAGCCUCAAUUAUUAACAUUCCUUUUGAUGUUGCAAAAAGUAGGAUUCAAGGACCACAGCCAGUUCCUGGAGAGAUCAAGUACAGAACCUGUUUUAAAACUAUGGCAACAGUCUAUAAAGAGGAAGGAUUUCUGGCUCUGUACAAAGGCUUGCUUCCCAAGAUCAUGAGGCUCGGUCCAGGUGGUGCAGUGAUGCUUUUGGUUUACGAAUAUGUUUAUGCAUGGCUUCAGGACGCAGUUAAUCACAAGGAGCAUUUCUGAAAAAGCAUACUCUUUAAAAUUGCAUGCAUUCUAAAAUACCCUGUAAUAAAGCAAAAGUGAUUCUUAUCCUU